UGAAAAAACUUUUUUUGGCAUUGAAAACUAUAUGAAAUUAAAAUCCAUAAACUAUUAAAGAUUUGUUACUUUUAUAAAUAAAACAACAAUUUACAAAAUUAUUAAGCCAUCAGUUUAAUAACUUUAAAUUUUAGGUGGCUUUUUCUCAAAGAAUACCUCACGUAUGGGUCAUUCUACGUGAAGCGUACAACUCCGAUGUUAGUUUGUUUUUUAAAUAUUACUUUUAAAUAUUACAAUUUUAUUAAAAAUCGAUUAAACAAGGGAAAAUAGUUGCGGAUUUUGUAUAGAAAAUUUUUAUGUCGUUUUAUAUUAUUAGGGGAAUAGUGUCAGGGUUGGACACAGUUUUGGUUUUUUGUUUAUAAAUAUUUUGUUUAGAUAAAUUCAGUCAAUUGUGGUAUAUGGGUGCAAAGAUCUACAAAAGAGGAACACUUUUGCUGUGGACCGUAAAUUGAUUGGUCCAAAAUUAAAAAAGUUAUAAACAUUUAAAAAAAAAAAAAAUCUAGUCAGGGUUGGACUUUUCAGUCAGGGUUGGACACUUUUUGAAAAUCGAAACGCAUUAUUGGUAAAAACGUAAAAUAACAUUUGUAAUGUUUUUUAUUCUUAUUUUUUCAUGUUUAUCUUUACUUAUUGGGAACGGUGGUCGUGACGUCAUCAAAACAAAAUGGCCGGAGAGAAUGGGUCGUUUCAGUGACAGCUCAUGGCAAAUAGAUAGAAAAUAACAAGUUUGAAGCAAAAUUAUUCGAAAAUGCGGCUCCCUAUGUCCGAAAUAUGUGGUUUUACAAAUUCGACACCCGUAAGUCGAAAUUUUAUUGAAGGAGAAAAACUUUUAAACGCUGAGCAUGUUAUUUUCUGUGGCAAAAUAAGUGAAAGUUCUAAGUCAACAAAUUUCAUCGCGUUUUGUAUACAAACGUCGAAUAUGAAAGAUAAUCCCCACGAAAUAAAUGGAAUAGUGUCAUCGAGUGGUAAAAUCGAAGACGUGCAUUGUUCCUGCAAAGCAGGAAAUAGCAAAACUUGUAAGCACAGUGUUGCAGUAUUUCUCUAUCUAAGCAGAAUAGAUGUUAAUGAACUCGACAUGGUAUCAUCUACUGAUAAACAAUGUUUAUGGAAAGUACCGCAUUUAAAAUCAUUACAAAAAUAUGUUCCUCGUCCGCUUAGUGAGCACAAAUGCUUUCAAGAGAAGUUCAUGAAGAAAUAUCCUGUGACGAUAUCCCAAGAAGACAGGAAAAAAAUUGACGAACUUCUAGUCAUCCAGAAUCCAGAAUCAGCUUUGUAUAAGCACAUGUUAGGGAGACAUGAGCCUGUAAUUGCAGAAGAGAAUAACAAUGCCGUAGAGGUCGAUAAUUAUGAAGAAAUAGAGAAAAUAUUAAAGAUUCAGACUUCGAAAUGUAUGUUAAACCUAGCAAAUUUAGAACCACUGAGACCGGAAAGAGACUGUUGUGUUGAUUUGUUAAAUUCAUUAUCCGAUAAUAUUCGACUUGAAGAUACCGUCAAAAUUUGUAAGAAAACUUUGAACAAUAAAGCCUCGUGGAAGAGAGAAAGACAAUUUCGAAUAACAGGGUCAAGGUGCUACCCAUUAUUUACUUACGCGAAAAAUCAAAGUGCAAAUUGGAAAGCAAAAUCGGAAAAAUAUUUUUUCGCAAAGCCACUCAAAACAAAGGCCAUGAAUUAUGGAAUUAUAACUGAGCCACUUGCGAGAAAAGCUUAUGAAUCGUACGUCGGCUUAAAUGUUGUUCAAUUGGGAUUAGUUAUUUCGCGAGAAAAUCCGUGGUUAGCUUAUAGUCCUGACGGGGUGACUGUAGAUGAAAAUGGCAUAACUAAAUUAAUUGAAAUUAAAUGCCCAUUACUUGGAGAAACGAAAACCAUCCGAGACGUUGUUCCGUCGAUUAAAUAUUUAACUGAAAAUUCUACUCUCAAAGAAAAACAUAGUUACUAUGCUCAGGUUCAGAUAGGAAUGGCAAUUUUGAAUAUUCCAAAAACAGAUUUUAUUAUUUAUGCAUCCUUCGAUGAUUCUUUUUUUUUAAUCGAAGUUGAUUUUGACUUGGAAUACACAACGAAAUUGUUAUCGACAUUAAAGAAUGUUUAUUAUAACAAAAUGUUACACAAUAUAUGUACUCGCAAUGUCAACGAAUAAAUUAUAAUUUUACAAAGUUCAAAAACAAAUUUGUACAGUUUUAUUAAUAAAAAUAACAUUUUAUGUAA